AUGAGCGUCAUGACGCAUAUGCACGUCAAGAACACGUUUUUGGACUGCAAGUCCCCAUGGAUGGAGGCUGUGGAGCUGCGUCCGCGACCCAGCUCCGACCCCAUGACGUCGACCAGCGGCACGAACACGGACGCGACCGGCGAGUCGUCCGUGCAUGCCUCCGCCUACGUCUCCACGCAUGACUCCCAUAAGGACUCCGCG